AUGGUGCAGGGAAUGCUAGCAAGGUCAUAUAUGAUCCGUGAGAGCCCAUUUGGCCAGACAAAGGCUUCGGAAGGCCCUUGGCUUGAGAUGGAAGUUUUCCCGCGACGAGAUAUUGGGGUUGGUGGAAUCUUUGCUCUUUGUGCUGAGAUCUACUUUGACCAAAUAUCACUGCAGAGUACAUUGGCCAAACAAGUGCGCAAGACGGUGUCACCCGUUCCAGUCGCGGUGAUGCUCCAGUCCAAAUUCUCCCCAGACUCCUUGCCAGUACUCAAUGGCAAGGUAUUCCUCGUCACAGGAGGAAAUACUGGCAUUGGAUUGUCUACAGUGGCUGGUUUAGCUAGCCGCGGAGCGACGGUGUACAUGGGGGCAAGGGACGAGUCAAAGGCCCGCGCGGCUAUACAAGAAAUUGUGAAAGAGCAUCCCAACGCCAACAUUCACAUCUUCCGGAUGGAUCUGACAAGCUUGGACAAUGUUGUCGAGGCAGCAAGAGAGUUUUUCCGGAGAGAAACUCGCCUCCACGGUCUGGUGAACAAUGCAGGAAUUAUGGGUGUCCCUUUCUCCAUGACCAAUGACGGCUAUGUGAUCCAAUUCCAGACGAACUAUCUUUCGCACUGGCUUCUCACCUACCAUCUGCUUCCGCUGAUGAUCGCUACGGCAUCAUCAGCUGAACCAGGAGCUGUGCGGAUAGUGAACGUGACAUCGGACGGCCAUGCUCUAUUUGUGCCGAGGAAAGGCAUAGACUUUGACGAUAUUAGCCUGGAGUCUAGCUCUUCUAUGACGCGCUACGGCCAGUCGAAACUCGCCAACAUCUUGCACGUCAAAGCACUCCACAAAAAGUAUGGGCCAGAGCGAGAGGACAAAGGAGGUCCUGAAAUCUGGGUCGCGGCAGUCCAUCCUGGACAUAUAUAUACAAAUCUCAGCAAGCAAGCGACCGCGACCGCGCCAGCGACAGUUCUCCACACGGUGGCUCCAAUCAUGCGAUUUGUGGGUGUCCUUCAUGACCGAUCAAAGGGCGCAUUGUCCUCGCUUUUCGCUAUAGCCAGCCCCGACUUCAACCGCAGUGAUUCCGGCGCUUAUGUUGUGCCAUAUGCCAAAAUAGGGAUACCCAGCGAUCUUGCAAGGGACGAUCUGUUGAUUGAGAAACUCUGGUCAUGGUCUUUCGAGGAGCUGAAGAAGAAAGGCAAAUUGGAUAGAUUGGAGCCGCCGAACUCGGUGUCAAUUGAAGGCUGA